GAAGGGGCCUGGAUGAGGAGACGCCAGGGAUGGUGGCUAUUGCCCUCCCCAAAGCCUCUCCUCGGCCAGGCCCCUUCCCUGGGGAAAGAGCCGGGCGGAGGAGAGGCCGGGGAUGGCGAUCGCCCUCCCCAAAGCCUCUCCUGGGCGAGACCCCUUCCCUUGGGAAGGAGCCUCGUUCAGGGGAUGCUGAGGACGGCAAUCGCCCUCCCCAAAGCCUCUCCUGGGCGAGACCCCCUUCCCUUGGGAAGGAGCCUCGCUCAGGGGAUGCUGGAGACGGCAAUCGCCUUCCCCAGAAGGCUCUCCUGGGCGAGACCCCUUCCCUUGGGAAGGAGCCUCGCUCAGAGGAUGCUGGGAAGGGCGAUCGCCUUCCCCAGAAGCCUCUACUGGGUGAGACCCAUUCCCUUGGGAAGGAGCCUCGUUCAGAGGAUGCUGGGGACAGCGAUCGCCUUCCCCAAAGCCUCUCCUGGGUGAGACCCCUUCCCUUGGGAAAGAGCCUCGCUCAGGGGACGCUGGGAAGGAUGAUCGCCUUCCCCAAAAGCCUCUUUUCGGCGAGGCCCUUUCCUCAGCAAAGGGACCUGGCUGAGGAGACGCCAGGAGGAUGCGCGAUCACCCAAAAGCCUCUCCCUUUCUGGGCUUCUUUUGCGAGUCCACGGGUCAUAUGAAAAUCCAUAUUUUUGGCCCCAAAAGUUGACCUUGACUUAUACAUGAGGUCGACGUAUACACAAGUAUAUACGGUAAUGUGUGUGGGAGGGGACCUUUCCCAAGUCUUUAGUCAUGCUGUUAGUGACAGUAAGAGAUCUCCUUCCCUACAAGUAUGUUAUUCCUCACUAGGCCAAGGUGGCUGUAGAUGUUAGUGUUCAAAGAAAGUAGAGUAUGUUCUUCACUUGGGCAGAUGGGAUCAAUAGCUUUCUGCUAGAGAAGCAAGCGCUAUCUAGUAUCAUCUUCCACUUUUUCCCU